AUGAGUCAUACAGAAAAUGAUUUGUUGCGCAUAUCGACAGAUAUCGAAGAAAGACGAAAAGUAUCCAAUAUUUCGAUCGAAUCGAAAUUGAGUUCAAAAGUUACAUUCAGUGCUGGGUCUGUAGCAUUUGGAUACAGAUCGAAUGAAACAGAUGGACUAACGGAGGAAAAGGAUUAUCAUCAAGUAGCAAUCAACGACAACAGCAAUAGUAAUUGUGGUAAUCGUGAAGGAUGGGACAAUAAAAUGCAAUUUCUCAUGGGUGUUAUAUCCUAUGCUGUUGGUCUGGGGAAUGUUUGGCGAUUUCCUUAUCUGUGCCAAAAAAAUGGCGGUGGUGCAUUUUUGAUACCUUAUUGUAUAAUGAUGUUUGUGGAAGGUACACCGUUAUUUCUUGUUGAACUUGGCAUUGGACAAAAAUUACGGUUGGGACCUGUUGGUGUUUGGAACGAAAUUCAUCCGUAUUUUGGAGGUGUUGGAGUAUCAGCAGCCAUUGUUUCUUUUCUUGUCGCCCUUUAUUAUAACGUUAUCAUCACAUGGUGUAUAUAUUACUUGUACAGAUCAUUCGAUAUCAAUUUGCCAUGGAGCAGUUGUCCUGAAAUAAAUGGUUCUGUAGUGGAGGAAUGUCGGAUAUCCAGUUCCACAACAAGUUAUUUCUGGAGUCGUGAAGCAAUUGACACAAGCGAAUCAAUAGGUGAUUUCGGUGGUUUUGUUCCUCAUAUGACAGUUUCACUGAUUCUUGCCUGGGUGCUAAUCUACCUCUGCGUUAUGCGUGGUAUCAAAAGUAGUGGAAAGGUUAUGUAUCUUACGGCUACUUUUCCGUAUGUUGUUACCACCAUAUUCUUGAUUAGGUCAUUGAUGCUUGAUGGUGCAACCGAAGGUUUGAAGUACAUGAUGAAUCCUGAUCUCAAGCGUUUGUGGGAUCCAAAUGUUUGGAUGGAAGCUGCGACACAAAUAUUUUACAGCAUGGGAUUAGGUUUUGGCGGACUGAUAGCAUUUGGAUCAUACAAUCCGGAAAAGAAUAACUGUAAAAAAGAUGUUCUUUGGCUUUCUCUUUGCAAUCUAAUCACCUCACUUUAUAUGGCUAUCGUUAUUUUUUGUGUUCUUGGCUAUAUGGGUGUACAAAAUUAUAACAGUUGUAUAAAACGAGAUAUGGCUAAUAUUCUUACCAUAUAUCCAAAUAAAUUUCGCAACUUUGAUGAAAUCCAAAGCAAUAUAUCGGUCGAACAAUAUGCAAUGUGGAUGUACCGCGAUUUCCAAGAUACCGAAUAUUCCCUACUAGCCAAUGUGACUGGUCACUGUAAUUAUAAGCAGAUCAUUUCACAGGCAGCUGAAGGGACAGGUUUAGCGUUUGUUGUAUUCACAGAAGCAAUAAAUCAAUUUCCAUUUCCACCUUUUUGGGCGGUAAUGUUCUUCUUGAUGCUUUUAAUGCUUGGCAUGGGUUCAAUGUUUGGUACCUUGGAGGGUGUGAUAACAUCACUAAAUGAUAGCAAACUUAUUAAUUUGAAAAAACCCGUCCUCACGGCUAUUUUGUGUUCUAUUGCUUGUGGAAUUGGUCUUGUUUUCACGACACAUUCCGGUCAGUAUUGGGUUAUGCUAUUUGAUCAUUUUGCUGGCACCUACUCCCUUAUGGGUGUAGCUUUUUUCGAAGUUGUAGCUGUGAUAUACGUUUACGGAUGGCAAAAUUUUGCUCGAGAUUUAAUGGAUAUGACUGGUGAAACAAUCUCCUGCUACUGGACCAUAACAUGGCGCUUUAUAUCACCAGUCCUAAUGCUUGUCCUGUUUUUCGCUUCCAUUGUCAAAUCUUUCAUUGAUUUACCCAAAUAUUCCACACACCAAAAUGCGCAAACAUAUCCUGAAUGGGUUUUAAUUAUUGCUGGUUCAAUGGUUUUAUUUGCUAUUGCACCAGUGCCAUUGAUUUGGUUUAUUCGAAGAUUCAAAAUUAUGAAUUUAGAGAUGGAUAUACUUACGUCUCAAAAAUGUCUAAAUGCAACACCGAGUACGACAUAUAUUCUCAGGUCUGUAUCAACAGUCACUCAAGCUUCCACUGAAAACAAUCCCAAGUUAUUACCAUUGAAAGCUUCUUGUUCUGAAAGUAACUUAGGCAUUUAG